CUAAAUCCAAGGUAUAAAAGAGUGAUGUGAAGUCUCUGAGAAGAAAGGAAGAAUCUUAGAGAAGACCUUACAGAAGCCUGAAGACACAAAAGCUUCCAGACUCUAAAAGACAUGCUCCAUCUACUGCUGCUACUUCUGCUGGGAACAGCCUAUGCUAAGGAACCUGAAGAUUGUUUUGAAAAUGAGGUUGAUGAACUAGUUGAUCCAAGCAGCCAGGAGAAUGACAAUGACAUGCUCGAGGACCCAGAGGAAGCUGAUGACUUCCUCGAGGACCCAGAGGAAGCUGAUGACUUGCCCGAGGACCCAGAGGAAGCUGAUGACUUGCCCGAGGACCCAGAGGAAGCUGAUGACUUGCCCGAGGACCCAAAGGAAGCUGAUCUUAAUGAGAUGAGCCACAAUACCUUACUGGAAUGUGACUCAGAAGCCACCUGCCAUUUCAAGCUCUAUUUCCGUGGAAAGAAUUUCAGAAAGGCUCAGAGUGUGUGCAAACGUCAGAAAGGAAAUCUGUGUUCUGUACAAAAUUCCUGUGUCAACAACCAACUGACAGCCUUUGCCAGACGCAAUAAUCAAAAGCUUGCAUGGAUCGGUGUCAUAAAACCAUGUUUACGCAGAUACCGUAAUGUUGAUGGGACAAAAUUGAACUAUACCAACUUUGGCUUCCAACAAUGCAAACGUAAAGGAAGAUGGUGCGUUGCCCUAAAUGUAGCAAAUGGAAAAUGGAUUUCUGUCAAAUGCAGUAAAAAACUGCCUUAUAUAUGCAGAAUAUAAUCCUUCAUACACCUCACCUCGUUUGGACCCAAUCUGCCUUUUAUAUGCAGACUAUAAACCUUCAUACAACCUUCAGUCAUCUCACUGUGUGGGUCCACACCUUGCCCUUUUGCACCCCUCCUGUUCCCUGCCCCUCCCUUCUGCAUGCAUUUACCUAAAUACAAUGAUAAUAAAUGACAAGCAAUGAACAAUA